ACAGAACAAAUUUUUCGGACCGACAAUGUCAAGUGAUGCACAGCUAAUGGAGGUGCAGUUGAAUGCGUCCAAGGCGGGAGCUGAGUUGGCGAGCGGAGACUUCGAAUACGACAAUGACUCGGCCACCACGGCCACGUUGGAGGAGCGUUUGGCCAGUGAGAAGCCACAAUUGCGUUUCUUCAGCGUCGGCCCCUCCACCUACCGAGUUAACUGUCCGCUCUGCCGAAGUGUUGCCCGCACGGAAACGGUCCAGAUGGCCGGUGCCUUGGGUCAGCUCAGUUGUCUGCUAUCUGUACUAUCCUGUUGCUUUCCCAUUUUUGCGCUGACCUGCGUCUACAGUCUCCUGCAGAGUCGGCUGAAGAGCAAGCGGGUCUUCUGUAGCUCCUGCGGUGGACACUUGGGCUAUCACUGGCGCCCGAGCUAGCCAUAUGGACAGAGCUUGGGAGGCCAGAAGUGGAAACAGUGCCUCUUAGUGAAUUUUAGUUUCAGCAACAAUAAUUUAUUGAAA